AUGGCUUGCACCAGGAGAACCAAAACUUUGGUGUCCACAUGCGUGAUCCUGAGCGGCAUGACCAACAUUGUUUGCCUGCUCUAUGUCGGAUGGGUAACUAAUUACAUCGCCAAUAUUUACAUCAAAGUCCCGAUGCCUUUACCGGAGAGAAAGUUAGAGGGUGACAAAAGAGGCGACACUCUCCGGAUCAUGCAGAGGCUGGAUCGGCUGGAGAAUGUGGUCAACCAGCACAUACAAGAGACUCCAGGGAGAGGAGAGGACGGUCAGGCGGACACAUCAUUCUCUGAUUCGUCGCUGUUCGCUCACUGGGGUCAGGAGCUCAGCCCGGAAAACCGGCGGGUGGCGUUAAAGAUGUUCCAGUACUAUGGAUAUAACGGCUACCUCAGUGAUCGUCUCUCUCUAGACAGGCAAAUACCAGACCUGAGGCCUGAUGGGUGCAGAAACAUCACUUAUCCUUUAAACCUUCCUCAAGUGAGCAUUGUGUUCAUUUUUGUGAACGAAGCCUUGUCUGUCAUCCUGCGGUCCAUUCACUCUGCCAUCAACAGGACGCCCUCCCACCUUCUCAAAGAGAUAAUCCUGGUCGACGACAACAGCAAUAACAAUGAGCUGAAGGAGAAGCUGCAGGAUUUUGUGUCUGAAACCAACAGCCAGCGUCCAGGGUUCAUUAAGAUGGUGCGGCAUGCCAAGCAGGAGGGUCUGAUCCGGUCCAGAGUGAGUGGGUGGAGGGCUGCCACUGCCCCAGUUGUUGCCCUGUUUGAUGCCCACGUCGAGUUCAGCGUCGGCUGGGCUGAACCCAUUCUGCAGAGAAUUAAAGAAGACAGAACCCGCAUCAUCUCCCCAUCAUUUGACAACAUCAAGUACGACACGUUUGAGAUUGAAGAGUAUCCGCUGUCUGCCCAGGGCUUUGACUGGGAGCUGUGGUGUCGCUACCUCAACCCACCCAAGUCCUGGUGGCACAAGGGCAACAAGAGUGCACCAAUCCAGAGCCCAGCCCUGAUUGGCUGCUUCGUGGUGGAUAGGCUGUACUUUGAGGAGAUUGGGCUGCUGGAUGAGGGGAUGGAGGUGUAUGGGGGAGAAAAUGUGGAGCUGGGCAUCAGGGUGUGGCAGUGUGGCGGCAGCGUUGAGGUCCUGCCCUGUGCUCGCAUCGCCCACAUCGAGCGUGCUCAUAAACCUUACACUGAGGAUCUAACGUCUCAUGUGCGGCGAAAUGCCCUCAGAGUUGCAGAAGUUUGGAUGGAUGAGUUUAAAAGCCAUGUGUACAUGGCCUGGAAUAUUCCCCAGGAGGACUCAGGGAUUGAUAUUGGCGACAUCUCGGAGAGGAAGGCUCUGAGGAAGAGGCUGCAGUGUAAAACUUUCCGAUGGUACCUGGUCAACAUCUACCCUGAGAUGAGGAUGUAUAGCGAAACCAUCGCAUAUGGAGUACUGAAAAACUCUCUGAAGAAUGAUCUGUGUCUGGACCAGGGGCCCGACAAUGACAACGUCCCUAUUCUGUAUCUCUGUCACGGGAUGACACCACAGAAUGUGUACUACACCAGCACUCAGCAGCUGCACAUCGGGCUCCUCAGUCCCACCAUUGAUGAUGACGACAACAAGUGCCUGGUGGAUGUGAACAGCAGACCUCGCCUCAUUGAGUGCAGCUAUGCUGCAGCCAAACGCAUGAAGCUCCACUGGCUCUUCACUCAGGGAGGAUCCAUUCAGAACAAGAAAUCAAAGAGAUGCCUAGAGCUUGUCGCGAGCAGUGACAAUGAGUUUGGCUACCAACUGGCACUGCAGAAAUGCACUGGACAGAAAUGGUUCAUUACAAACGUGUUGUUUAGCAGCUUGUUGUGAUUGACUGCUGAAAGCAACACCUGAGUGAAUAGCACACCGGACUGGAUGAAGUUGGGUGUUUGGUUUUUUUUUUGGAGGGUUUUUCUGUGAGUGUGUGCACAUGUGUAUGCGUGUGUGUCUGCGUGUGUGAAAGGACGGUGCGUGGUUGAGCACGCUCAUUUUGAGCACCACAAUGUCCACUGAUGAGCGGUCGACAUCACAUCAUAAAUGUUAAACAUUUUAUUUUGCCUACAGGAUCAGCCAUAGUUGGCAGAUAUUUUGCAGAUUUGACAAGGUAGUAUAUUUAGUAUAUUUUGUGGUAAAUACAGUACAGUCAGAUUUUCGUUGACUUAAAAAAUGUAAUAGGUUCAUGUUUUUGUACUUUGUUCAUAUUUGCUACUGUGUAGCAAGCUUUCUGAACCUGUCCCUGCUGUAAUUAUUUUCUUUUAGUGUCUCAGGUUUGUAGGUUUAUUAUGCGGUUCAGCUCUACAGUUGUGGGAAGAUGUUGGAAUAAAUCUGAAAACAAUACAUAAU